AUGAAGUACUUAGCUGCCUACUUAUUAUUAAACGCUGCUGGCUCUGCCCCAAACGCUGAAAACGUCAAGGCCGUCUUAUCCUCUGUCGGUAUUGAAAUUGAAGAUGACAAAGUCUCUUCUUUAUUAUCCGCUUUAGAAGGUAAGUCUGUCGAAGAAUUAGUUGCUGAAGGUAACGAAAAAUUAUCUGCUGUUCCAGCUGCUGCCCCAGCUUCUGGUGCUUCUGGUGCUGCUGCCUCUAGUGAAGCUGCUGCUGAAGAAAAGGAAGAAGAAGAAGAAGAAGAAUCCGAUGCUGACAUGGGUUUCGGUUUAUUCGAUUAA